GACGGACCCUAACAUCACAAGAGCUGAGCGGUCUUAUUGGCUUCCGUUCUUCUGACGGUCACCAUGGAAACGGCGGGGUUGCUAGGAGACGGAGAGACGCGGGGGGAAACAAAGAGGUGGCUACGGCACUGCCUGUAUCUCUUCCUGGCUUAAAAGAUGGCUGCUGGGAAUCCAUACUUGAAUAUCCUGCCCAAGAGCAUCAUCAGCAGUUUAAAGAACCCGGAUUAUAGCCCAUGGCAAAGAAAAGCUAGGAAGCAAACGUCGCGUGUAGACUUACCACCACUCAAUAGAUCAGAAAAAAAGAAGGAAGGAAGGAAGAAAUCCCCACAGAGUCCAAAAUCCAGGAUAUCAGUGGGCGAAAGGAGUCCCGUCUUUGGCUUGAAGAUGCCACUCCCUGUGAAACAGAACUUCCGUUUUCCACAGACCAUGACAAAGGAAAUGAAGUUGGCAAAGAGCUUGGAGAACAUCAAAAUUCUGCAGAGGAUUUCCAAGAGCCGGAGACACAGCUUGGACGAACUGAAGCACCACUCCAAAGUUCUCUUGAAGAAGAACCUGGGGCUUAUGGAGGAGAUCAAGGAAAUGGAUGAUGAAACCGCCAAAGAGGCCAGGGAUCUUCUCCAGCAGUAUGAAAUGUUUGGGACAGUCAUCACAACCCUUCGGGACUCAAGCCAGAACCAGCUUGGCAUAGCGAAAAGCGAAUUGCUGGAGAAAGACAAAAUAGUGGAGAAGAACGUGGGAAAACUAGAUGCGGAGAUGGCGCGCAUGAACACGAAAGUACAAGCCCUCCAGGAUGAGGUCAAUGUCUUGCGGUCCUACAUGGACAAGGAGUAUCCGGUUAAAGCGGUCCAGAUUUCAUCUCUGAUGCGGAGCAUACGGAACCUGAGCGAACGGCAACAGUAUGAAUUGGAGGACAUUGAGGAUCUGUCUCGACGGUUCCUUGAGACCUUGUCAGGGAAGGCCUUUAAGGAGGAGGAACAUGUGUUUCAGACCAUUGCAGAGAAGCAACUGAUGCAGUACCAAGAUGGCCUGACUCAGAUGAACAGGAACAACCUGGAGCUGAAAAGACAAAUUGCAGGACAGAAGGAGUUAAUUGCCGAGAUGGUGAAAGAGGUCAAGGAAUUGCACCGGAGCAUCAUCAAGCUGCAUCACUCCACCGGGGAUCCGCGAAAUGUGAUCUUUGCUGAUGUCCUCCUCCGCAGACCCAAGUGCAUGCCGGACAUGGAUGUCGUUCUCGAUAUCCCCACAGAUGAAGAUUUCCCCCUCUAGUUGCUCAGAUGAAGUGCCUUGAAAACAUGGGCACAACCCUGGAGACCUUCCUGCUUUGCCAAACGGUCCUGGAAAUGCUUUAUGCCAAGGAUAAAAUCCAACUAAGUCCGAUUGGAAUGGUUUCUCUCCCCCUGCUGUAUUUCAGAAUUAGGUUGUUAUUAAAGACAGAUCUCCCAA